AGACGAGAGGAGGAAGAAGAAGAAGAAAAUCACCGCCAAGAUCAGGAUUUAACGGGACGAGAACCAGCCGACGAUUCCAACCCUGCAAUCGCUCAAUCCUGAUGAGAUCCUGAUCUACGGGCCUAGCAGAGGAAGAUUCUUCUCUCUUUUCAAGCGCAUCAAGCUCUUGCUUUUCAAUUUUCUGGAAUUUCUUGAUGGCGAUACCUAUAGUGGCCAUUUCCCCUGCUAGAGCUCCUGUUCCUCCACUCAAUCCAGAUAAAUCACUGCCUCCCCGAUUGAAAUCUCAGCAGCCCUCGCAUCGCAACAUCGGCAUCGAUCGACAGCAGCCGCGGCGCGGCGAAAAAAUGGCAAGGUUCUCGCUAUUCUCACUCGCUGGCGAAGAAGGAGCUCCCGAUUCGGCGCCUAUGAUCCACAAUCACCUCUACCGCCACCACAAGCCCUUCCAUCUCACCACUCUCACUUGCGUCGCGAUCGUCCUGUGUGGAAUGGGGGCGAGCCUCUCGAUCAUGGUGCUCUUCUGGUGCUUUAGCUCGCGGAGGAGGGGACGGCAGCAGGGGGAGGGAAGCAUCGGGCCGUCCGUGGGGGCGCAAGAGCGCCAGACGCGCGCCAAGGCGACCGUUGGAUUGCUGCCCAUUGUCUCAUCGGACGAUGCGCGGCGCGCGGACGAGUGCUGCGCGGUGUGCUUGACAGAUUUUGGGCGGAAGAUUGGCGGUGGGGAGGAGGAAUCCGAAGAUCUUGAUUUGAGCGAUCGUGAAAUUCAGAGCUGGGAGAUCCGUGCGCUGCCCGGCUGCGGCCACUGCUUCCACACCCAAUGCAUCCAGCUCUGGCUUUGCUCGUAUCUCACUUGCCCCCUGUGCCGCAGGGGAAUCGCGGCCGAUGAUCAUCAACCCUGCGCUGGAUCGAUCGUCGCGAAUGGCGCAAGCUCCUCGGGCUCUCUCUGCGAUCGGCAGCAGCACCGGCGCAGCAGUCGAUCCGCCCCAUCCUCCCCCGCGCCGGUAGCCACCGAUUGCGAGUGUGGGUGAAUUUUCUUGGCAAAGAUAGUUGGUGUAGCUGUUCUCGAAUUUCUAGCACGCAAUCAAUCAUCGCAUUUCCUGGCAUUGUACAAAUUGAAAUUCUUCUUGUUUGCUGGACUAUAAUAACGAUUCAAGGACCCUGUUUGCCAGCGUCAUCCAUGGCCAGAGAAUAAACACCAUUGCUAAUCAAUCAAGAGUAGAAAAUCAUUGAUUUCUCUACGGAUGUUUCGUUUU